AUGGGCCACCGCCCGAUUGGGAAGGGCCGCCACCACCACGAGGCACAGAAGUUUUCGUUGGUAAGUUUGUCUCCAUUUCGCAGCAAAUUACCUCGUGCCAUUUCGGAUGCACAUUUGAUAGAGGUGUUGAGUGGCGUUGGUUCAUUGUAUGAGGUAAGGCAAAUGCUGGAGGCAACCGGUUCGAAUCGUGGAUACUGUUUUGCUAUUUAUCAGUCUCUUGAUGGUGCUAAGCGUGCUUGUAGCGAGCUAAAUGAUUUGGAAAUAGCGCCUGGACGACGCAUCGGUGUGGUGAGGAGUGUUGACAAUCGACGACUUUUUAUCGGUGGAAUACCGCGUGAAAUAAAGUCGGAUCAAAUUUUGGUUAGCGCAUCAUAG